GGGGAGUAAAAAAGAACCACGCUGAUAAUUUUACCCAAGGAAUAAAUCUCUGAGAGUUUCUGAAGUACAUAGGGCCAUUCCUCCCGACUGGAGGAUGGACAGAGUGGCAAAAUUUUGAGAAAUAUUGACGAGACUCCCUUGAUGAGGUGUCUCUAAAGUCCUAGUGCAGUGCCCAACUAUUCAACGUCAAAAACCGAACCAAGAUUUUUGGAACACCCUGUAUUUAUUGUUAUUCCCAUUUUAUAAACAAGGCGGAGGUCCAGUGCUUCCCGAGGGAUAGCAGGUCAUAACCAUGGGGAGAACAGCUGGCAAGGGGCAGAGUGGGCCCUCAGACUGUUUCCUAGGUUGUAUGACCUCAGGAAUGCUGGAUUUGCGGCUUACCUCCUCGGAAAUCUCCGCAACUAAGUUGGCUCACUAAAGGGAAUUUCGAAGAAGAUAUAUUAAAAAAAACAAACAACAACAAAAACCAACAUUUAAGGCCGAGGUCCUAGGUCAAAAGUGGGGCCUUUCCAGCACCACAACAGAUGAUUCCUUAAGGCCUCAAACUGUCAAAGGUUAAACGCAAACUUUUGUUACUCAGAAAGAGAAAAGAACAAUUUAAAGGGAAUGCCAGCUACUUUAGCCCUUCUCUCAAAACUCCAGCAAUUUUCGCCAGAAUCUAGAUCGGCUCGCGCAGGCGCAGUGGAAGUACUUUGAGGUCAAAGGGCAGGAGGCCUCCGUUACAGCGUAUUGCUUCAGCAACCGGCGGAACCCGGCGCAGGGUGCGCGCGCGCUUCCGCGGCGGGAAGCCGAGUUGGGGGGAGAAAGGAAUCCACCAGUGUUGCGAGCAUUUCGCGUCCGUGGGUGCUAUGAGGUUCCGGGCCAAGAUUGUGGAUUUAGGCUGCUUGAAUCACUUCACCCGUGUCAGCAGCACCAUCUCUAAGCUGGCCAAGACAUGCACACUGCGCCUCAGUCCGCACAAGCUUUACUUCAUCCUGUCCGACAAGGUGGCCAAUGGCGGAGUCAGCAUGUGGUGCGAGCUGGCCCAGGGCAAUUUCUUUGACGAAUUUCAAAUGGAAGGAGUCGCAGCGGAUUACAAUGAAAUCUAUUUGGAGCUGACGCCGGAAAACUUAUCUAGAGCCUUGAAAACGGCCCAGAACGCCAAAACAGUAAAGAUCAAGCUAACCAACAAGCACUGCCCCUGCCUCACCGUGGCUGUGGAGCUGCCAUCUUUGUCAAGCAGUAGUCGCAUUGUAACACAUGACAUCCCUGUAGGGGUUAUUCCCAGAAAAUUAUGGACUGAUUUCCGGGAUCCUGUUCUACCAGAAUUUGAUGUUAGUAUAUAUUUACCAGUUCUGAAAACUAUGAAGAGUAUAGUGGAAAGAAUGAAAAAUAUCAGCAAUCAUAUUGUUGUUGAAGCAAAUCUAAAAGGAGACAUGAACUUGAAAAUACAAACUGAUUUAGUAUGCAUUACAACACAUUUUAAACAUCUUACAAAUCCUUCAUGGGCCCUUGAAGAUAUUUCUCAAGAUAGAGACUUAGAGGCCAUGGUUGAAGCACGAAUUGAUAUUAAGAAGCUUCUACAGUUUCUUGCAGGACAGCAAGUAAACACAACAAAAGUAUUAUGUAAUAUUGUGCAAAACCGGAUUGUUCACUUUAUUUUGCUACAUGAUGAGGUUUCCCUUCAGUAUUUCAUUCCUGCAUUGUCAUAAGAAUUCACCUGUUGAAGAGAUUUUGCCAGUCCAAAGACCUUUUCUAUCAAAAUGAAGAAAGAUGAUGGAUAGUGUGUUUUAAGCCUUUGGGCUUUAUCCUCACUCUGGUAUACAUCAUGUAAAAGCAACUUCUUUUUUUUUUUCUUUUAUAAUAUAUUCAUAGGAUGCAUAUUAAUGAAACAAUUGGAUAAACUUAUGUCUUUGUUUUUAUUGUGGUUUCUAUAUUUUACCUUUAAGAAAUAGAAAAGGUUAAUUAUAAUUUUGUGUAUUGAAUUUUAAUUUUUUUGAUUGCUACUAAAUGAAAACUGUAGCAAACAUUAUGCAUGCAUGUACAUCACAGGUUUAGAAGAACAUCUCAGCAUUAUUUAAGAGGGCACUUUCUGAUGAAGAUAGUAGUGUUUCUGUAAGACAUUCAUCACUUCCUAAAGCAGACAUUCAAAAGAUUCAAAUCUGUUUAUGCAGCUAUCUCUUCGUGGGAAUGAUGGAAUAGAAGGAAGAAAAAUCAUUUUCUGUUUUUGUGCUGUUCCUGGGGAAGGAAGGUGUUGCUGGGAAUGAUGCUCUGGGUUACCAUAAAUAAGUCCUAGAGCUAAUCAUUUUUCUUUGGAAGUUUCGAAGAAAAAACUAUUUCAAAAUAAUACUUAGGUUUCCAAAUUUCAGUUUGUCUUUACAUAUCUAAAUUCGGUACAGGUACUGAUUGGUAAGUUUUCUCAUUUACUCUGACAUCAUUUAUUAAAUUUCCCUUUACAGUUUAGUCUCAGAGACUCUGUACUGAAGUUGUGGAUGAUUUAAGAAAUAGAACAUUACUUAUAUUUAUCUUUCAUACCAAUUUGAAGAAUAUGAAAAAAAAAUUGAUUCAACUGUCAAAUGUAAUAUAUAAAUGAGAUUUCAGCAGAAAAUUAAAACAUUGCUUCUUAUUGUUUUAUAUUAUUUUACCAAAUCUUGGCAGUAUCAGUUAAUUUUAUGUAUUUGAUAAUCUAUUAAACCAACACCUUGAAUUCAAAAAGAUCCUUUUAUUCAGUUUUUUCCCUUGCAGUUCUGUCCUCAUAUAGAAAUCUAAAAUUAUACUGUAAAAAUGUGUCUGAAAGAUUUAUAAAUUUAUUAGCUUUUUUCAAGAAUUGGGUGUUCAUAGAUUUUAACAAGUUUCAGAAAGAUUUAAGUCAAUAAGUAACUGUAAAAGAUAUUUGUAAAACUUUAUUU